UAGUGCAGCAGUGAGGCUUAAGAAACUGCUUCACAGACGUUUAUUCGUUGGCUAAGUAGAAGACGCACUAUGUAGGCUUGUUUCGUAGGUAUAAGCAAGUGUAUUUUGCGUAAUGACAUUGCUCAGUUUUGAUAAUUUCGUCUCUGCCGUAACAGCCAUGUGCUUAUUUCCACCUAGUCACUGUGUGAAAAAUCCAAUGUAUUUGCAUAAAUUAUAUAAUAGCAACAUUGUUAUGGUGAGAAUUAUCAGCUAGCCCUCCUCAUCAAAAUCUUUGGCACCAAAGUGUGAAGAUGUAGUAGGAUGGAAUCUAGACCCACUGACUGAAACUUAUGGAUUGUCUUUCUACAUGCAGUACCUCGCUCACUGGCCUGAAUAUUUUCAAGUGGCAGAAUCACCAAAUGGGGAAAUCAUGGGUUACAUUAUGGGCAAGGCAGAGGGCCACGGAGAAAGCUGGCAUGGUCACGUGACAGCACUGACGGUGUCGCCAGAGUACCGUCGACUGGGGUUGGCGGCAACACUAAUGGCCUGGCUCGAGGACGUGUCUGAGAAAAAGCGCGCCUACUUUGUUGAUCUGUUCGUACGUGUCUCCAACAAAGUUGCAAUAAACAUGUACAAGACCCUAGGGUACAUUGUAUACAGAACUGUUUUGGAAUACUAUUCAGGUGAUCCUGAUGAAAAUGCUUUUGAUAUGCGGAAAGCACUAUCUAGGGACGUGAAGAAAAAGUCGAUGAUUCCGCUGACUCAUCCUGUACGACCGGAUGAAGUGGACUGACGACAAGUUGUCUACUGAAUGUCCGUCGGCAGGGCGUUUGACAUUCAGUAGAUUGCUCUAUGCGAAAAACUGGCAAAGCAUUUCGUAGGCAACAAAAUACCUCUGCUACUUCUGGUUCAAAACAAUCUGACUGAAAAUAAGAACUGAAAAUUUUCAUUUCUCGAGUGAUUUCUACUGUGUACUACUUCGCAGGUUUUGUACUUUUAAACUGAAAUGUGCAGAAUGUUGAAUAUACAUUUGAGCAUUGGAGAAGAAACAAUUGUCUGAACUAUAAGUGGGUGCAAGCAAUAAAGUUUUUCAGUGACAGGGAACAACCCUGUGCCUUGGCA